ACAGGUUAGAAGUGGCCUACUUGAAUAUGAUUUUGUGUAAUUUGUUUACAAUUCGACGUUUUGUCUUGUCUCGCGUAGAAAUUAUUCUUUCUCGAGCCAUUGGAGGUUGCGAAACGAUUAAAUUCGUAGCAGAAAGCAAUUUGAUGAAACGGACAAGAGCAGCUACGAGGAUUCAACAGGAGAAUAAAAUAGAGAAUAAUAAGGAUGAUGAAGAUACGGUGAUAUUAGAAAGACCAAAAUUGAACCUCAAGUCCUUACGAAAUCAGGAAUAUCGGGAUACUGAAAAUGUAUACAACACAACAGAUUCUCAAAUUUCUGCAUCCUCUAAAAGAUCCAAGAAUUCUCAGAAAGAGCCAAAGAUGGAAACUCACAUUGAAACAGGAAAAGAAAAGAAGGUAGAAAAGUUGAAACCGAACGCGAGUACUAGCAAAGGAAAACCGAGAGCAGUCGUGGAUUUGCAGAUGAUGAAGUUGGAAUUAAGUCAAUUAGAAGAUCCUCCUAUGACACCACGGGAGAAGGAAUUAUCUUCUGGCCGACUGCAGUAUGAAUUCUUUGACAUUCCCUGCGAAGAGCUGGCACAGCGGUUGUUAGGAAAAAUACUUGUAAGAUAUCUCGAAAAUGGAACUAUCCUCAAGGGAAGAAUUGUAGAGACUGAAGGAUAUUUAGGUGCGAUUGACAGGGCUUCACACUCUUACCAGAACAGAGUUACACCUCGCAACUUGCCAAUGUACAUGUCACCAGGAACUAUUUAUAUUUACAUGACAUAUGGCAUGUACCAUUGCUUCAAUAUCUCUAGCCAAGGUGAUGGAUGCGCGGUGCUGGUGCGAGCCGUCGAUCCCAUAGAAGGUAUGGAGUACAUGGCUUAUCAGCGUAACAUCUCGAAAACAAGGAAAGGCGAUCUAAAACCGCACGAACUAUGCAAUGGUCCUUCGAAGCUCUGCAUGGCAUAUCAACUUAACAAGCAGCACAGCAGGAUUGGAAUCGAUAGCUGUGGUCCGGAAUGGGCCAACAAGCCUUUACGUUAUUACAUUUAUGACAAUAAGUCUGUUAGCAAAAGAAACAAAAAAGCAGAGAUAGAAAUUUUUUAACUGCUCGAAGAUGAUCGUUUUAUCAAGUCCAAUCUGCAUGUUAUCAUCAUGAAUUAUCAGCACAAUAUAGUGUCCUAUUUUCAUUUUGUUUUUUUUUAACGAUAAAAUGCUAGUUUUUCAAUUUCUUAACAUUUUGCGGUAAAUAUACCGAAUAGGGUACAUAUAUUGUCAAGGUUAUGAUCCUGAGUAACAUCCAACAGGUUUUAACCGUCGCUCGUCUUUCAUUAAAAAGUUAUUAACAAAAGAAUUUAAAAAAAUAACAUCUCUUUUCUACCAAAGCAGAGAAUUUCUGUUCCAAAUAGUAAUAUAUAGAACAAAAAUUCUCUGUUUUAAAAUAAUUUCCUAAGCAGGGGAGAGGUGGGGUGGGAGUCGCUUCGCAUGGAAGUCGCGCGCCCCUGAGCA